GAGACAAUAAACUCAUUCAUGAUACGACUAACAUAGCAACCAAACGUACCCUCAUUUGAUAUGCAAAUUAUCGUUGCUUUUUAGUGCUGUACAAUUGCAGUUCCCUCCAGCAUUGAGCUGUGGCGUUCUUUUCUUCUCUGCUCUUCCCUGCGGUCCGGACCCAUCUGAUCGGACUCUCUCUUCUCUCUCUGGAGUUGAAAAUUUGACGGCAAUAUAGGAAGUUCUAAUCUAUAACCAACAAGAAAAGAUGCCUGCACAGAAGAUAGAAACAGGUCAUAACGAUGUUGUUCAUGAUGUGGCCAUGGAUUACUAUGGAAAAAGAGUGGCAACGGCAUCAUCUGAUGCCACUAUAAAAAUAAUUGGUAUCAGUAACAACUCUACUUCUCAGCAUCUGGCGACUUUGAGUGGGCAUCAAGGUCCAGUCUGGCAGGUAGCUUGGGCGCACCCCAAGUUUGGCUCGGCACUUGCUUCCUGCUCUUAUGAUGGUAAAGUCAUCAUUUGGAAGGAAGGUAAUCAGAACGAGUGGUCACAAUUUCAAGUUUUCACUGACCACAAAUCUUCUGUGAAUUCCAUUGCAUGGGCACCUCAUGAGCUGGGAUUCUGCUUGGCUUGUGGUUCUUCUGAUGGGAAUAUUUCAGUCUACACAGCUCGAUCCGAUGGUGGCUGGGACACUACAAAAAUAGACCAAGCACACCCUGUUGGUGUCACCUCAGUUUCAUGGGCCCCCUCGAUGGCCCCAGGCGCAUUAGUUGGUUCUGGGGUGCUGGAACCUGUUCAGAAGCUGGCUUCUGGUGGCUGUGAUAACACAGUGAAGGUGUGGAAGCUAUGUAAUGAUAACUGGAAAAUGGACUGUUUCCCUGCCCUACAGAUGCAUUCCGAUUGGGUGAGAGAUGUUGCCUGGGCACCAAAUUUGGGACUUCCAAAGUCCACUAUCGCGAGUGCUUCUCAGGAUGGCACAGUGGUUAUAUGGACUGUGGCCAAGGAAGGUGAUCAAUGGGCUGGUAAAGUUUUGAAGGACUUUAAGACUCCUGUCUGGAGGGUGUCAUGGUCUCUGACUGGAAAUUUGUUGGCCGUGGCAUCUGGUGACAAUAACGUCACACUAUGGAAAGAAGCAGUUGAUGGGGAAUGGCAAGAGGUUACCACAGUCGAGCAAUAGAAUUCAGGAUUAUUUAGAUGCUGAAAGGAAAAUAGAAAGGAGAUCUAUUUUGUUUGUCUAUUUAUACAUGUUUUCCAUUGCUGAAACCAAUUUCGUUAUUUGGUUUUGCUGUACGCAAUUGAUUGUAGUUCGUUUUCUAUAGGAUAAUGGGUUUACCAAACUUAUGGAGAAGGUUGUGAUCAUGGUAAAUCUCCUUCCUGGUUUUCUUAUGCUCUGUUUCUGAUAUAUAUUCUCUCUCAUGUCCUUGAUCG